UGAGGCCGAACUGAAACUCACCAUUCACAAAAGUGAAAAGCUCCUCUCUCUCUCUCUCUAAAAAUAUAUUAAUAAGGAAAAUGCUUCUCUCUGAUUCUCGCCUCUUGGACACACCCUGUCAUGGAGGCUUCUUAUUCUCCGCGUUUUCCGAAAUGCCAAAAAAGUACAAUUCAACUGAAGAAUUAGAGUGAGAAUUGACCAUCUCUUCAGACUAAACCAGUCUGAGAACUUCGUAUAAUUACAUGAUUUUGGCUUUGGAAGAGAGAGAGAGGAUGAAUUGCAGAGCAAAGAUGAGGAUGAUGCAAGAGUCAACGUCACCAGUUUAAACUCAUGGGUACAAGAUAGCUGAGUGAGAGAGAGAGAUGGAAUUGGACGAGAUUAGUGAAUUUCAUGGAGACAUGUUUAGAAACAUGGAUCAUGAAAGGGUUGAAAAUGGGUUUGCUUGUUUGCCCUUAAUUUGAGAAUUCAGUCUGAUUCAGGCGAAAAUGGUGGUUUUCUUCACCAAAUUUGGAUAACUUUUUGUUCAAAUACCAGAACCAUUGCCAAGGUGCUCUAAAAAUUCUGGAUUAAAGAAGGAAACACUAUAAGAACCAGAGGGCUAUAUGGGAGGCAUAUUACACCUUUUUGAUUUUAAUCAGGCCGGAAUGUCAAGGAAAUUGUUGACGCAUAAAAGACAUGCAGAUGGGUUGGAAGCUCCAAGAAAUAGCCUGGACUUGCCUGUUGAUUCGAUGCAGAGCUCCUGGAUCAAGCAAGAUAACACACCGUUCUCAUGUCAAGUGAAGCAGAGCUAUACAACAAAAGAUUUUUAUCACAACGGAACCCCGAUGAAGCUUCUCAUAGACCAGGAGAUGUCCAAAGAAACGGAGGCCAAACGCAAUGUACCAAGUGUUGUUGCUCGUCUAAUGGGGGUUGAUUCAUUACCAGUCAGUAAAAAAGCAGAAGAACCAGCAAAGGAGAGAGAAAAUCUUAGGAAGAGUAUGCCUAUCAAAGAACAGAACCGAAAUGGAUUAACCUCACUAUCCUCAAUUUCUUCAAAAUUUUCAAGGAAAAAUUCCCCUCCUCUUAUAUCUCAAAAAAAGGAACAAGAUGAGUUCAUCAAUUCCCUGAAACCUUCGAAGCCUCGACCUCGAGAACAUCCCCAAGAGAAGCAGUUGCAAAAGUUUAAGAAAGAAUUUGAAGCAUGGCAGGCUUCAAAGGUUUUGGAGAGCUCAAAAAGCGUAGAUUUGAGCAAGAAUUUCAGGCAAUGGAAAGAUAAUCAGACCAUUGCUCAAGAAAUCCUCAAUAAAGAAAAGAUGGCUCUCUAUUUAAAUCCUACUAGAAAGAGCAUAGAGAAAGAGAGAGAAACCAUUACAAUUCUAUCCUCAGAGGGCGUUCAUCAAGGGAAGCACAGAAGACCACUCCAUGUGAAACCAACUGAAACAGCAUUUCUCUCUGUGGGAAACAAGCCAAUUGAUCACAGUAAUCAUCAUGGUGAAAUUGAGCAGCAAAGGUUACCAACAAGGAUAGUGAUUCUAAAGCCAGGACCUGAGAAGUCAGAUGAAAGAGAACAAACCCAAUCGAGCUCAACGGAGAGACUUGAAGAAGACGGGAGCAUCCAAGAUUUCCUUGAGGAAGUCAGAGAAAGACUCAGACUUGGGCUUCAGGAGAAUAUCAGAAAAGACCCAAGCUUUUCAAACAAUGGGAUUGAGUUUGAAAAUACAUUAAGAGACCCAAAAGAGAUAGCAAGGCGGAUAGCAAACCAAGUUAGAGAUAGAGUGGGUAGAGAGAGAGAGCUUGAUUCCCCAGAGUUCAUGAGUCGAGAUACCCGGAAAUUCCUAUCAGAGAGACUGAAAAACAUUCUUAGUGAUGAGUCUGUUACAGUACACCCUGUAUACAUCCAUGGAAGCUCCAUAAUUCCAGCGGCAAGUGACAGAAUUGCAGAGUCUUUUAGAGAGAGAAAAAACUCAAGGUUUUCGAGAAGCACAAGAGAAGAGACUGAAACAAAAGCGAUUUCCUUUAGACAUGAAAGGUCAAAAGGAGAAAUAGAUAAUGUGGAAGUGUCACCAAGAAACCUUGUAAGGUCUUUAUCAGCCCCUGUUUCAGGAACUUCAUUCGGAAAGCUUCUCUUAGAGGACCAGCCUAUUAUAACAGGAGCUCAAAUUAGAAGGAAACAUGAAGCUUCUGAGAGUGUAUCAGUUGAGGUGAGGAAGAGUCGAAGAGAGAGGUUCAGUCUUCGAGGCAAGGUUUCGAGCCUAAGGUACAGUCUCACUCUUAGAGGUCGACUUUUUAGAAAGAAGAUUGAAUCUGCACAGGCAAUGGAGGGUUCGGAUGAACUACCUUCCAUUAGGGCAAUUGUGACUGAACAGUCAAUCGAGAUGAAUGUGGGAGUAGCACAGGAGAAUUCGACAGAGGUGCCACCAAGCCCUGUAUCAGUGGGCAGUGGCAACCAAGAGAGGGAUUUCUUUGGGGCAGGAGAGCAACAAGUAGCUGCAGUUUCAACCUCUUCAUGUGACUAUUUACAUGAUGAAAUCUCCCUCUCUGAUCCAUUCAAAGAGAUUAGCUCUGAUCUUCAAGAGCUAAGAAGGCAGUUAGGCCUGAUUGAAUCCGGAAGAUCCAAUGACUCAAUUGAACCGGAAUACUCAAGCUGCCAUGUGGAGGGCACAGAAGAUGAGGCCAAAACCUACAUAAAAGACAUCCUUGUGACGUCGGGCUUUUUCUAUGGCUCGGCCCAAAUCUUCUCUAAUUGGGCUUCACCAACAACCCCAAUUGGGCCUUGGGUUCACGAAAAAGUAGAGGAAGCUUAUAAAAGGGGUUCCCAUAGCCCUAAAUAUGAUGACAAAAUCAAGUCCCAACAUAAGUUGUUAUUUGAUUUAUUGAAUGAGACAUUAAUUUGCAUAUUGGGCCCAUUUGUGUCAUGGUCCAGGCCCAAGAGAAGGGUUAGAGCCUCAAUGGUGGUUCCCACCGGUAAGAGAUUGUUAGAAGAUGCAUGGAGCAUGAUGCGCAUGUAUGUACAUGAACCCAUGGAUGGGCAAGCUUCACUAGAGGGGCAAGUUGCAAAGGAUUUAAGCAUGACUCAAUGGAUGGGGAUGGUGGAUGAUGAUGUUGAUGUCAUAGGCAAGGACAUGGAAGGGAUGAUCCUUGGGGAUUUGGUUGAAGAGGUUUUGAGUGAGUGGUGUUCAUGAGAGAGAGAGAGAGAUGCCUUCUUUUGUUUUAGAGAGAGAGAGAGAGAGAGAUGCCUUCUUUUGUUUUGGGGUUUGGAGAGAGAGAGAGUGAAUUAUUUUGUUAUGGGGUUGGAAUGGUGUGAAUGGGUUUAUUUUCAUUGGGGCGGACGUGGGAGUUGAAAACUUUUGCUUGUGUGUGAAUUGCAUUCUUUUUGCCGGGUUGCCUUUGCAAUGCGAUCAUGGCCCUCACUUGUACAUGAAUUUUAUGAUUUGAUGUCAUAAUGA